UUCUGCAGAAGAAGAAUGCUUUUGUCACGUACUCUCCUUUUGUAGCUUCUCUACUUCUUCUUCUUCUCUCUUCUUCUCUCUUCUUUGUGAAAGAUAACUUUGCAAGAAGCUUUUUUAGUUGUUGAAGAUGGAGAGAUACAAGUGUAGAUUUUGCCUCAAGAGCUUCAUCAACGGAAGCGCUUUAGGCGGUCACAUGAGAUCUCACAUGCUUACUCUCUCUUCAAAACGUGAGGAACGGCCGAGUCAACUCAGCGAGGAAACAGAGUCUGAUGCUUCUUCUUCUUCUUCGUCCGAUGGUGAUAAAGAAAUGGAGUUUGGUUUCUCCGAAAGCGAAACAGAGUCGUCGAGGAUCAACCCAACUCGGAAACGAUCCAAGCGAACUAGGAAACUCGGAUCGUUCGGUUUCGACUUCAAGAAGGUGAAAACGAGUCAACUCGGUGAGACAGAGCAUCAUCACAGCUCAGCUUCUGACACGACGACGGAGGAAGAUCUCGCCUUUUGUCUCAUUAUGCUCUCUAGAGACAAGUGGAAGCAACAGAACAAGACAAAGCAAACUCUAGUAGAAGAAGAAGAAGAAGAAGAAGAUGAGUCAGAUCAUGAAUGCAAGAACAGAGGAGGAGGAGGAAGAGGGAGAUUCAAGUGCGAGACUUGCGGUAAAGCGUUUAAAUCUUAUCAAGCAUUAGGAGGACACAGAGCGAGCCACAGAAAGAACAAAACUUUCACAAAAACAGAGCAUGAGGAGAAAACAGAGUACUCUGUUAACGAGGAGAAGAAAAUUCACCAAUGUCCGAUCUGUUUAAGAGUUUUCACUUCAGGACAAGCACUUGGUGGUCACAAGAGGUCGCACGGAAUCAACAACAUCGUAUCGGGAAGAGUCCCUAAAGAAGAAGUAUCAGUGAAACAGAGGAUGAUAGAUCUUAACCUUCCUGCACCAAACGAAGACGUUGAAACCUCUGUGGUGGUGUUUGAUGAAUGGUGAAAAGGUAACAAACAGACUUUGCGUGAUCUUAUCGGUUUAUUAUUAUUCUUUUUUUGGGUUUUGAUCGAACUCUUAAAAAAAAGCUUAUGUUUUUAUUUGUUUUUGGUUAUUAUUAUGAUUAUUUUUAAAUGCAAUGGUGGCUACUUUUACAUGUUCUAACGCCAUGCCUUCACGUCUUGUUGGCCUAAAUCAAUGAGCAUUGA